GGACCAUGAAAAGUUUCCUCCAAAACGAGAGAGAUGCGUCCCCCUUGGAAACGUCAGCCUGUCCUUUGCCUCCAAAUCGGGACGAGAAAUCGAAAAUAAUUGCUCGUCUGAAGGAAUCCUUUUCUCGGGGGAAAACACCUGCUUUUCAGGAGGCCAAGAAAGCCCAACCAAAUCAUGUGCCUGCCAGUCAAGGACUGCUCCAGAUGUUCGCCGGUUUUUCAGCCUCUUCCCGAAAGAAAAUUCUUCUCCAUGAGGAAUCUGAAGAUGGAAGCGAGGUGGAUGGGAGGAAUUCCCCGCUUGCAGGCCGGAAGUUGGAGAAAUCGGACGAAGAUACGGAUUCUGGUUUGGGGAGCAUCUCCGCCGAGUCAGAUGGGGGUUUGAGCAGAACCCCAGAAACCGCUGUCCACUUUAGAACCGAAAGCGCUGCGGGUUCUUCCGGUGGAGAACCCCGUCUUUUUAGCGGCGAAAUCCAGAGCAGCGAAGGUGGAUCUGGCGGGGUUUUCUGGCCCUCCGAACCAAACCAGAGCGAAGGCGACGGCUUUGCUAGACAAGCCACUUCGUCCCCCAAAGCAAAACGUUUUAAGAUCCGUCAACCUCUUUCCCCAAAAGCCAAUUUCUCGGCGAUGACCUCUGAGCAGGACUCCGGCGCCCAGCCCUUGUACGACGUGCCGGUCAAAACGGCAAGGAGGACGGUGUCUUUAGCCGUGCCUUGGAGCACCUUAACGAACCGAAUCCAGAAGCAACUGAAGCGCCAGGAGACCGAAGGAGAAAUGUUGAAAUUCAGAAAAUUCAGGGCAAAGAUUAACCCGGGAGAAAACAAAACGGCGGAGGAUGAAUUGAGAAAGGAAAUAAGG